CUCCACACAAGCUUUAUUAUUUGACGAGAAGAGUUUAGUUGAGAUUUCAGAGAGGACAGACGGCACAAAGAUGAACAGGACAGUGAUUGCGGGCUUAAUUUUGGUAAUCAUCGCGAGUAUUAUCCAGGCCAGCGUGAUUUGGGAAAGAUAUCAAGAUGCGAUAAACUACGUUCCCCGUCCUGGAUACUGCCCAGUAGGCGUACAGGGUAAAACAGUAGACUGUGGGCAGGGUUGUCGAGCUGACCAAGACUGUCCCGAUGGCGGGAAGUGCUGCCCAACAGCCUGUGGUAGAACAUGUAAAACACCCGUGGCGGAAGAUCCUAAGCAGAACAGCGAACUAAGAGGCUAACAUCAGGUCGGUGGAUGGAUGAGAAUCGUUUUCAUUACAAAGGAACCUCUCCACGACAGUGUUGCCUUUGGACACAUACAGUUAUCUACUGGGCGCAAAGGACGAAAAUCUAGUGUGCACUAAAUGUUGAAUUUCUGAACGGAAGAACCCAUGUUUCACACUUAAUUACCGUAUUGUGUUAUACUAUCUGUAUGUAUGUAUGUAUAUAUACUUAGGGUUUUACAACCACUCAUCUAAUAGA